UCAUCUACAUGGGUUGUAUGUACUCAUAGGUUACAACUUGAGGAGCACACUACUAUAGUAGACGCAUCGCUUGCUUCGUGCUUUCAGUUUAGUUGAACGAUCCCUGUCCGUUGAGUUUACUGUCAGUGAAAUUUAAUCACCAGAAAAUCUAAAAUUCAGAAAUGGCUCGUACAAAGCAAACAGCUCGUAAAUCUACAGGAGGAAAAGCUCCCCGUAAGCAGCUUGCCACCAAAGCUGCACGUAAAAGUGCACCUUCUACUGGAGGAGUUAAAAAACCACAUCGUUACCGACCUGGUACUGUAGCUCUUCGAGAAAUCAGAAGAUACCAGAAAUCGACUGAGUUGUUGAUCAGGAAAUUACCAUUCCAGCGAUUGGUUCGUGAAAUUGCACAAGAUUUCAAAACUGAUUUGCGUUUCCAAAGUGCAGCUAUUGGCGCUCUUCAAGAAGCAUCUGAAGCAUACUUGGUCGGUCUCUUUGAAGACACAAACUUGUGCGCUAUCCAUGCAAAACGUGUCACCAUCAUGCCGAAAGAUAUCCAACUCGCUCGGCGAAUCCGUGGUGAACGAGCUUAAACCAUCUUAUAUUUAAUCGUAAUCAUCAUCAACUUGUUUAUUAUUAUUAAUUGUAUUAAUUAUUAUUCAUGUUAGUUUUAUUUGUCAUAACGGAUUGACUAUCUUAAAUGAAAUGAACGUCUCGAAGUUAUUGACAAGUUGUCUAUAAGUCUAUAAGAUCACAUUUGUCUUAAAGCCAUCUUGAAAAGAAAUAACUUUAAGAUAUUAUUUCUAUUUAGGUUCAACCAUUCUUAAUCAUUCUAUGACACUUUUUUGUAGCUAUCAGAAACAUUAUGUCAUCCCUGCAAUUAAUCUAUCAGUCAACUUUUAUUACAUUUAAAAGAAAAAAUAGAAUAAUCAAAUAAUGUAUUUAAAUGGAUCGUAAGCGUUCGCGACACAAAAAAAACAACUCUAAAAUGUCAUAAAGUUUCAAAAUGAGACAAAACGAAGUGAUAAAAAUCAUUCAUCAGUUGUUGAGUCGCGAACGGUUUCGAAAAUAUUUGUUUAUCAUAAUGACUUCAGAUAUACCUAACUAUCAUUAUCAUUACUACAUUACUAUAAUUAUUAAGUAGCACAAGAUAGUGUGCGUAGAAUAACAAAGUUUUUAUCGUAAUCCAGUGAUAAAUUUAAUAUUUAGGCAAAUUUUAUAAAUAUUAUUUUCUCCCAUAUUAUUAAUUUAUGUAAGUUUACUGGAUUGCGUUUUAAGUAUUCUUAAAACGGUGUGAAAAAUUUCAUAAAUAAAUUUGCUAUAGUCGA